AUGGCGGCGAACUCCCAGGGUAUUCAGACGCUUCUCGAGGCUGAGAAGGAGGCCGCCAAGGUCGUCCAGAAGGCUCGUCAGUACCGUGUCCAGAAGCUCAAGGACGCCCGUUCCGAGGCCGCCAAGGAGAUUGAGCAGUACAAGGCGCAGAAGGAGGCCGACUUCAAGAAGUUUGAGUCUGACGGCAGCAAGUGUCCAGCAUGGACAGCCCUCUCUUCUGCUCCCGCAUUCUCUCCGGAGCAUUGGUGCAGUGGAGAGGGUGAUCAUCACCUCCGUGGCUUGUCUCUACCCCGCCCGCUUCGCACUGAGGAAGCUACGUUGAGCCCGCCUUUAGCUGACCCACAGCACACCUCGCAGACGUCAACGUCGCAGACGACGAUCGACACGGACAAGGACGAGCAGCUGAAGAAGCUCGACGCCGAGGUGAAGAAGAACGGGCCGGACGUGGUCGAGAAGAUUGUCUCGCGCGUCCUCAAGGUCAACCCCGAGCUGCACCGCAACCUGAAGAAGGUCGAGGCGUAA